GACAUUUUUGGUGAAAAUCUUGUUUUUCCAUUAACGUAAGGCUUUUAUUGUUGAGAAGGUACUGCCAAAGUGUAGGAAGCCUAGAUUUUACUUUAAACCUUUGUUUUUAACUUUUUUUGAAAACGUAUGUCCAGAAUUUUUUAAAUCAUAUCCGUAAAUGAAACGUAACUUUAACACUAUUUCCAUCAUAGUAAUGCAAGCUAACGUUUUUUACCGCCAUAAUAACGUAAGUCCCGGUCGGUUUCUGCGACUUACGUCAGAUUUUCGCAGUCAGUGUUUGGCUUACGACAGUGUUAGGUUCGUGCUACCAUCGACUAAUUAUUGAUUUUAGAUUAUGGAUCAAAAAUAGAGUUAUAUGGGCCCCUUCAGAGUGGAGCACUAUUAUAGGAAAUUGCAGAGUUAACCCGAGGCCAUAUACAGUAAUAAAGCUUGAGCACUCUGAGUUCCAAAAUUGGAAGAAGCUAGGGGAUGAUCAGCUGGUCCUUACAAAAACCGGACUAAAAAUGAAUAGUGUAAGACAAGCUUUUUUCCAAAAAGGAUCAUCGGAAGUCGCAGUCAAAUAUAACUAUGGCAGCAGUCCUGAGUACGAUUUGUGCUUUAACUACGAUAAGGGUGGUCGAGAGCGGCAAGAAAAGGCAGUUUCUGAACCUGAAAAAAUUAAUAAACAACUGAUUCCAAUAUCCGAAAUGAAUAAAAGGGAUUUGGAAAAACUUUGCAAAAACAAUGUCAUACCUGCCAGGCUUCACGAUGAAUUCUUUAAAAUAUAAUGUAAGUCUUCUCUUCCAGAUGAGUUAGCAGAAACUGAUGCAGAGGAUGACAUGAAGAUGAAAGCUCCACAACUUAAAAAAAUAUAUAUUUUUUACUAGUAAGAAUUUUAUAUUUUCUUUUGUAACGUUAUUUUGUGUGUUUUUUAAUAAUAAAUGA